CUUUCCUAAUCUAUUUCAAUUUUAAAAAGUGGUCUUACUACUAACAAAAUGUAAUUUUGGAAUUGAACAGAAUAUUUAUAUUUCUGGUUCCAUAUAAAUUAAACUUAAAGAAGCACUGAAAUUCGUUUUUAUACACUGUGUAAAAAAUAUAGUCCAAAAAAAUAAACAGGAUGUGCUUUGUUCGAAUCUAUCUGAAAUAAAAGCAGAAGAAGAAAAAUGUGAUGAAUGUUUUACAGUAAUAAGUAAUUGAUGUGGUUUUAAUUUACAAAACAUAUUUUAAAACUAAAAUAAUUACGAAGAAAUUUUAUUUUUCUUUAUUUUAAUUCAGAAAAUAAAUAUUUGACCCAAAAUAAAUAAUAAAUUUAUAAAUAUGUAAAAUAAUAAAUAAGGAUUUUCUAAAGUGAUCAGUGAAGUAAACGUAACAGUGUUAUAUUGGACCUAUAUAUAAAAUAACAACCGUGAUUAUAGAAUUCGGAAGUUGUUUAUUUUUUUCAAUCACCAGCAAAAAUGUCAUCGAACCCGGCAAAUAAUUGUGUAUCCACAAACGCCACUGCCAGUGGGACAUCUUCGAUAUGUACAAGCAAUGCUAUAGCAAACAAAAAUAAUGAUAGUUCAUGUAGCAGCAGUAAUACUGAAGACUACAAUGAAAUAGAAGAUCGUCGUCGAAGAAUUAAAAAUAGGUCCAGAAACAACGUACGAUUAUCGUCAAAAUCACAACUGCAACAAGCACGCCGUUCCCCGUUGCCAAGCACAAGUAAUUCCAUUUCAGUUUCGAACCCAAACUGUUCAUUUGUUUCCACGAGCAACAGCGUGCAGUCUCCAUCAACAUCGUUAUCAGCUUUACCAGCAACUAUUGGACCAACGGAAAAUCGGAUCACACUAUUAGUUGAUGAAACGCGUUUUACAAUCGAUCCUGCAUUAUUCACUGCUCAUCCAAACACUAUGUUAGGUCGAAUGUUUAGUUCUGGAAUGGAGUUUACGCACACAAAUGAACGUGGUGAAUAUGAGGUUGCCGAAGGAAUAUCGAAUUCAGUGUUUCGGGUUAUUCUAGAUUUUUACAAACAUGGUGUAAUAAGAUGUCCUCCAACGGUAUCUGUUCAAGAAUUGCGGGAAGCAUGCGACUAUCUUUUAAUACCAUUUGAUGCAAAAACCAUUCGAUGCCAGAAUUUACGUGGUCUUUUGCACGAGCUCAGUAAUGAGGGUGCGCGAUGUCAAUUUGAAGUGUUUUUAGAAGAACUUAUUCUUCCAGUUAUGGUGGCAUCAGCUGAACGAGGAGAUCGUGAAUGUCAUGUAGUUAACUUACUUGACGAUGAUGUAGUUGAUUGGGACAAAGAAUAUCCACCUGAAAUGGGUGAAGAAUAUAGUCAAACGGUUGCAAGUACUGCCAUGUAUCGAUUUUUUAAAUAUAUUGAAAAUCGCGACGUUGCUAAACAAGUAAUGAAAGAACGUUCGCUUAAGAAAAUUCGUUUAGGCAUUGAGAGUUAUCCGACACAUAUUGAAAAAAUAAAAAAGCGACCAGGUGGACGAGCAGAAGUAAUUUAUAACUAUGUUCAACGUCCAUUCCUGCACAUGUCAUGGGAAAAAGAAGAAGCUAAGAGUCGUCAUGUAGAUUUUCAAUGUGUCAAAUCGAAAUCAGUUACAAAUUUGGCCGAAGCUACCGCCGAUCUUCCGAUUCCAUUGGAUGCUGGUAAAACAUAUCGUUCUUCUUAUUAAAAGUGUUAAUUCAUUGCCUCAAGUGCAACUCAUGCAACCAGAUCCCAUUCCACGUCAAUAUGUUGAUGGCGUUAUUGAAGAUGGUGUUAUUGGUGGUAUUCUGA